UGAUUUUUCUGAUAUUCCCCGCUGGGCGGGAACUUUUCGUGGUCUUCACUUCACCCUUGUGCGUCAGUCCCCUCCACAACUCCUUCUAAUCCUUCUCUAGGGCGCGUUAGGGUCUUUUUUUGGGUCUAGCUUCCACGAAGAGCUCAAGUUUUUUUCUCUUCCUGAUCUGAUCUAUUGCUGCGAUUCCAUAUCUCUUUGCCUCGUUUGUUUCAAAUGCACCGAGUUGUUCAGAAAUGAAUGGAACUUGUUUGGAGUUCGAAAAACCUAUUCGAGACGCCAUUUCCAGAAUUCGAUUCGCUCCCUACUCUAACAAUCUCCUUAUUUCUUCUUGGGACUCCAGUCUGAGAUUGUACGAUGUGGAUGGGUCUGUGCUCAGACUAGAAGCUCGGUCCGAAGCCGCGCCUCUUGAUUGUUGUUUCCAGAAUGAAUCUGUUGCUUUCAGCGCUGGGUCUGAUGGAUUCGUUAGAAGGUAUGACUUGCAUUUGGGAACUACCGCUACAAUUGGAAAUCAUGAUGAUAUAGCAACGAGCAUUGGAUAUUCUGAUGAAACGAGUCAAGUAAUCUCUGCUGGUUUGGAUAAGGAGAUAGUAUUCUGGGACCCUCGCAUGGCAGAGGCUGUUGCAUACCUGAGAAAUCUUGGUGCGGAGGUGGAAUCGAUGUCACUCUCUGGGUCUAAUCUGAUGGUAGCCAUUGGAGCAUCCAUAUAUAUGUAUGACUUGCGUAAUUUAGACAAACCGGUUCAGGCAGAAGAUUCAAACGUGGGCAUUCAAAUUAGAUGUGUCAGCGCAAGUCCUUAUUCUAAAGGAUAUGCGGUUGGAUCGGUGGAUGGACGAGUAGCAGUGGAGAUUUGCCAUCCAUCCAAUCCAAACGACAUUAGAUACAUGUUCCGCUGUCAUCCAAAGUCAAAGGAUGGAAGAUAUCAUCUGGCAUCGGUGAAUGACAUUGUUUUCAAUCCACUCAUCUGUGGUGCUUUUGUCACAGGUGAUAAUGAGGGUUAUGUUACUGCAUGGGAUAUUCGAAGCAGGAGAAGAAUCUUUGAGUUGCCUAGGUACCAAAAUAGUGUGGCAUCCUUGUCGUACAACCAUGAGGGACAACUUUUGGCUGUUGCAUCAAGCUACACAUACCAAGAAGCUAAAGAAAUAGAAGAGCUUCCUCAAAUAUUCAUACACGGAAUUGAUGACAGCUACAUUAGAUCAAUGUCUUCCGGAAGUUCGAGUAGGAAUUGACUGUACAAGGUAUUAUGCAGAUGAGCCACAUUGGUCUGUGGCAGACUGACUUCAUAUGUAAUGGACCCUGGAGUUGUAACUUGCACGACCAAGUGAACAAUGUUGGGGGGCCUAGAAAUGUUACACCUGUCACUGACCUAGGUGGGAUCGUUUUCGAGAUGCUAAUCCAGAGCAGAAGAAAGAAAGGCAGGUAGCUGUAAAAAGGAGUUGCAUAUGUUGUAGAAUACUAGAAUGUUGUUUAAUUGGUUGUAACAUUCCUGUAGAAGAUACCAAUUUGUUGGAUUUCCCAUUUAGCUCUAAUUCAUAGCCUCUGCUACUUGGAUGUCA